GCAACUGUCUCUUGGUAUAAAUAAAUCUGACUGCAAUGCCUCGGUUGUGAGUAUCACCCGAUCACUCACCCGUGCACGUAGCUCUAUGAAACUCCUUAUGACUGUCUUGUAUUCCUUCAUCGUAUUUAAAAAUGUCACACACCACUGACAGGUGUGGUUAGUUUUCCGCACACUUUUUGCAUUUGGUUUAGUUUUUGUUGAUUAAAUAGCAACACAGUGUAAUACGUUGUGUUGUAGUUCUUUUGAGGUUGUAUUCAACUACUUUUAACAGGACUAGAAGAUUUUUAUUAUGUCCUGAUAUGUAAAACAUUUGAAUGAAAGACAGUGUGCUUUCUUUUUACUCUGUGUGUGUAUUUCCUUCUUGCGCAUUUACACAACUUCCUGAAAGUUGAUCUUUUAGUUUACGUCACGACAAAGAAGACAGGUAGAGCUUUUACUAAAGAGGAGGGCCUGUAUUUGGUAUAAGUUUCAUUUCCAGUGCAUUCAAAAUGGCAGAAGAAAUUAUUGAAAGUGAUGAUUUCGUGAGGAACGCAUACAUUAUAAUCAAUGAAAUGUUGGACCUGAGCAACCACACUACAGAAGAUACUACAGUGUUAGUGGAUGAGAUUCUUCACAGCAUCUUCUUUUUGGGAACCAUCACCAACUCAGCUUAUACCCCAAAAAAGAUUUUGGAUGUCAAAUUCGCUGAGAUAAAAGCACUUUACCCCAAACCUUUUGAGUGCUAUUCCUCUCAGCUACCCAGGCGGAGUCCAUUUUCAUGUGUGCUGGACAUGAUUGUUCGUCUAACUGGACAGGAGAAUGAAAAGGGCAUACAAACCACACUACAACGACUCAUCGACGACCUGAGGAAAGGUGCCAAAUCUGAUCAAAAGUGUUUAUUCUCCUCUGCAAUCUGCAUCUCUCAGGCGGGUCAGAGCUCAGUCAAGCACUAUGGAGUCUCUAUGUCCACUUCUACUAGGGAUGCUAGGGAAAUCAUGGUUGCUGUCUCAUGCUGUCAUGAAUGGGAUGAAUAUGUAGCUGGUGCAGUGAUGACAUAUUUUCCAAAUAAAAAGAAAAACAAAAGCAAAGACAGAAAAACAGAAAUUGAUGGAACCAUUAGAUUACCAGAGAAUGUGAAGUGUCGUGCAUUUAGCCUCCUGGAUGGAAAAGUAAAGCCUCCUUGCCGGUCAUGUGCCAAUUUGUUUUCUUUGAAAACAAGUACAAUUGAAAAAUGGCCCUAUGGCAAUUGUGCUGAAUCUGAAAGUUUGAGCAACUUGUUCAAAAAUGAGGCACAAGUUAAAAACAGAGUGGAACUACAAACACCCAUGUCCUGGACAGCUGAGUACAAGGAGGGAGCAAAAAAAACCCUUUUGACAUUUCUCAAGAAUUCACUGAAAAAAGUCAACUUUAAUCAGGACAUGAUUGUCUACACCCCCACAAUAAGUGGAGAGAAAGUGAAUGUUCACAUCUAAGUGGCUCAUCUCCUGUUAAAGUUCUAAAGAGUAAUUUACUGUAUCUUUGCAGCCUUUGAAUAUUCUUGUUGUUAUGUGGAUACGAAAUUUUAUGUGAUCAGAGCUUAGAUACAUUUGGAUUCAUUAUUGUUGUCAUGAUCCUGGGUCCUUUUGACCCAGCGUUUUGUGUUUUCUCUUCGCGAUUUUGGUUCUGUUCUCCUCUAUUGGUG